CGAGAAGGGUAGCCGGCUCAGCUUAAGAAACACGCGACUAACAUGCGCCGUAUCGAGACACUGCGCACUUCUCUUUCCUUCUAGCUCCAGAAAGGGCUUCACCAAGGUUGCAGUCUGCAAGCAGCUCUUCCUUCAAUUUCUAUAACAUGUUCAAGAAGUUUUCCUCUGAAGAUGUUUCUGCACAAAAUCAAGUGAAGGCAUCUGUUCAACGCAAGAUCCGACAAAGUAUCGCUGACGAGUACCCAGGCCUUGAACCGGUGUUGGAUGACUUGCUUCCGAAGAAAUCACCUCUCAUCGUUGCUAAAUGUCAAAAUCAUCUAAAUCUGGUUCUGGUGAACAAUGUGCCUUUAUUUUUCAACAUUCGUGAUGGCCCUUACAUGCCAACACUACGGCUUCUUCAUCAAUAUCCAGAUAUAAUGAAAAAAUUACAAGUGGAUAGGGGUGCAAUCAAAUUUGUCCUUGCUGGUGCAAACAUAAUGUGUCCUGGUCUUACAUCUCCUGGUGGCAUUUUGGAUGAUGAAGUGUUGGAAGAAACUCCUGUGGCUAUAAUGGCUGAAGGGAAGCAACAUGCUCUUGCAAUUGGGUUUACAAAAAUGUCGGCUAAAGACAUAAGGGCUAUCAACAAGGGAAUUGGUGUGGAUAACAUGCACUAUUUGAAUGAUGGCCUUUGGAAGAUGGAGCGAAUGGACUGAAUGAGGAGUGUGCUGUGCUGGACUACAGCACUGUAAGAUGUGCGGGUGCGCCAUGUAUUAGUUGGGAUAUAUAUACAGCGCUUGUGCUAAUCUUCUGCUAGCAGUCGAGAGGUAUUGAUAUAGUCAUUCAAGGAUAUAAAAUGACUGUUAUUUACAAUGAGUUGGGAAAGGAAUUCAUCACUAGUUUAUUUCAAGUCAUUUACAUGCACUUCAGGUACGCAUGUCAGUAUGGUUGGUGAAUCCAAACCGUCCAUCAUGUGUGUGGCC